AUGUUAAUUGACCCUGGCUGCAAGAUACCUGGUGUCUAUGACAACGAAACAUUCUCACAAUGGUUGUUGAAAGACGGAAGAGUUAAGUACCGCAAUGUUGUAGUGAGAGAAAGCAAGUUGGGUGGCAUCGGUCUCUUCUAUACACUGACAAAUACCAAUUCAGACACUUCUGUGGAAAAAGUUGAUAGAGAGCUACUUAGAUUAAAGUUGAAGUACGACUAUAAUGAGCUUUUGGGUGACCUCUCACAAUUAAAACCGGAAAAUAGUGCUAUAGUUAAGAAUGUUUUAUCUACUGUAAGGCCCAGCACAGAGACUGCUAUAUUGCAGUGCUAUUUCGUAGCGUUUAAAAUUUGCAUUGAUUUGGCUGGAGCUUCAGCCAAAGAAGACGAAAAGCUCGCUGAAUUCAUACCGUACGUGGACAUACUUUGCAACACCCAUGUUGAUGAGUUGGUAAUGGAGGAGGGUGAGAACGGGACUAGUCGGUUCCUCUCAUCUGUUGCAGCAAGGCAAUCUUCUCAAUUGAAACGCUACACCGACUUGAACUCGGAAUUGGGCAAGCUUUUAAAAAAAGAGGACUCCGCGAUCAUUAAAUUGCAAGCAUUUAAGCAGAUCGAAGCAGCGGUGAGGUCCAGGGUUCUUGAGAUACCUUAUGAAGAUAGGGCCAGCUCUGCAGAAGCAAUUAUAGAAUCAGAGGGCAAAGAAGACGAUUACUACACCAAUGUUACGUUGGUUCCACUCUUGGACUUCGUGAAUCAUUCCAGUGAAUUGGAAAAGAACGCUUACUUUGAUGUGGACAAAGAGACCGGUGAUAUUUUACUUAAGUUGAAGGAAGGAGUUCAGAUUUCCGAGGGAACUGAAAUCACUAUAUGCUACUCUCCGACCCAAAACAUCCAAGCUAUGGUGAAGACUUAUGGAUUCAUUCCAACAUUGGCUGAAAAAGGUGCAGUUCAACUCUUUGAGUUGAUACUACCGCCGACCUUUUUGAAUCCAUAUCUCCAAAGAUUCAAUAACGACGAGAACACAGAUUUUGCUACGAUACUUAAAUGGUUGCAAAUCUUCCCUCUUGUCCAGCUUGUAUUGAUUAAUGGGAAAGUUUAUAUAAAUUAUUUCUCGAACUUAUUACCUUUGGCACUUGUCAAGGGAUUCGAAUACGAUCCAAGUUGGCAAACAGAAAUUUUUGGAGAGAAUGAAAAAUACAAUGAGAUUACCGAUUCAGAGGAGAGGAAGGGGAUUGUUGACAUUAUCAAAUUACAGGAAAAUGAAUACGAUACAGUUAUUGGAAUUGACCAAAAGGCAGUGAAGUUAGAUGGAGAGUACCCAACAGUUGAAAAUAUACUUGAAAUCAAACAUAUGGAAAAUGAAGAGGACUUUGCAAAUUUACAGACAGAAUGCACUAAGAUGAUCUAUGAAUACUGUAAGGCAGAAAUAUUGCAAAGAACAAGUGAUUUUCUUAAGGAGACUAAAUUGGGAGACUCAUCUAGUACAUUAUUGAGAAGUUAUACCCAGAAAGAGAUCGAAGUGUUAAGUCAGUUGGUGAAGGAGUACGAGGCAGGAGAUGAUUUGAUACUUCCUGAAGAAAUUGCUGAAGAGGAUUGGGAAUUGGAUAGAACGGGACCAAAAUUCUAUUUCUAG